AUGGCUAACACGGAUCUCAUUGCUCGUGUGUACCCCUCUUCCCAUGAUCAUCUUGCGCGGCAUGCUGCCAAGGCAAUCAUAGACAGUUCUUAUUACGUGUCACCUCUCUAUGAAGAGCCUGAGGAAAAAAUCCAAUAUGGGCGUGAUGACCAUGAGAGAACCGAGCCACCGGAUGAGCCCGGUGACAGAAAACCAUCCGAAUUCGAUGGCAAGCCUUUUAUCGAGAUUCAGUUUAGCGAGGCCCGCGAUCCUCGCGUGGAGUUCAAUUUGGAUGUAGCAGCUCCCUUCUUGGAACCAAAGUUACCUAUAACGGCGAAGGGGCUGAAUGUCAGUAACGGAGAAGAGCAUGCCCUAAAACAGCCGUCACAAAAAGCAGUAAUUGACAGCGAUAAAUGGCUGGAGGAGGCGGACACACUGAAUCCUUAUCCUCAAUUAUGCCUCGAAUAUAUCCCGGGCGGUUCUCUCGAUAAAUGCGAGAAGAUUACUGUUACCGAGAGCGUGUCUGUUCUCCGCCAAAUCCUUUCAGCCUUAGUGGAUUUUGGGAUGCACGGACGUGGCGAACUUUUAAGAACGAUUUGCGGCACGGAACCUUAUGCACCACCGGAAAUCUGGGAACCAUACGUCAAGAAGGUUCAACCGACAAGGUACUCGCCAGCUGUUGAUAUCCGGUCUCUUGGGAUAGUAGUGUAUGAGCUUCUGUUGGGCUUCCCGAGAUAUCAGCAAUACUGGGACCAACCCCCUCGGGCAGUGGUUGCAAUUGCUUCCCUAAAACGCCGGCUGACUUGGUGUGAAUGGAUUAUCCAGUGUCUUUAUGAGGAAUACCGCAAGAAACCCAAUGCUCUUAAACAACUACUGAUUAGUAGCAUGCUGCAUUUAUCUUUAAAUGCCAGAGAUUCCGCCCGAGAAUGCUAUCGUAAGGCAAUGGCGCUUCCACAGAUGAUUCUUGAAAAUAACACUGUUCCACAUGGGGGCAUAUUAUGGCGGGAAGACACGAUUGUCUGUUCUAGCACUAACACUGGGGACAAUUCAACUAUACAGAAUGAAGCGUUGAUUGGUGAACAUUCAACUAGUCAGAACAAUUACCUCGGGUUGUCUCUGAGACUAUGUAUGACAAGUACCAACUAUGUAGCCCAAUUUCUGCUGCAGUAG